AUGAUUGCAACAGCCCAAAUGAACUACAGCAGCACGAUGGACAAGGUUGUCACCUCUGUUGAUUUACGAAAGGGGAAGAAGACCAACAAAGCAAUGCGGGACCUUUGGGGGCUGUCUUCAGCCCACCAUCGACGGCCAACAAUGGCAGAGGAUGGUUCAAUUGCCAAAUCAUAUUGGCCAGAACUUGUCGGAAGCAGAGUUGAUGAAGCCAAGCAACUGCUUACCAGAAACCAGCCAUAUCUCUUGAUUGAAGUGGUUGGUUUGGACCACACCGAUGACUUGACAAUGGAAUACCACGCUCAGCGCGUACAAUUGUUUGUGGAUGACAUGGAUGUGAUCAUCUAUGCACCCCAAAUUGGGUAG